AUGCCCGCUUCCACUGACGAGUCAUGGCGUCGUUCUGACCUCCAUGAACAGGUGCAAGACAUGAUCUCGAAAUACGAAUCUAUCAAACCCAGCCACGCCCUGCGCUACAUCAUCGGCACUUCCAAGCUCUACGUCCUGUUCUGCGAGCUCAUCGAACACCACAUUGGCAUAAUCCUGAGCCGCUCCCAGGAAAUAGAAGAUGGUCACAUCACCGUCUAUGACAAGUGUCUGCUAGACCUAUGUGGCAAUGGUCGCGAGGUGCACAGACAAGCCGGCCAGGAGCUCUACAUUCGAGAGUUUUUGGGGAUUGAUCCCGAUUCGCUUGUGGAGCGUGACGUUGAGGAGAUGCUGGAUAGAGAGAUUUUGGCUAGGGGAGUGUUUGUGAGAUCUUCUCGUCCCCUGACGCCCGCCUGUCCUCGCUCAGUCAGCGCAGAGGACGAGAAAGUCAAUAUCGCAGCUCCUCCACUUGAGGACCACGGCCCACCAUUCAGCACGACAAGCUCAGAUACGUACGGGACCAAUUUCGCCAGAAACUCCGCUGUCAAUACCAACAUCAAACGCAUGCUGCAUAUCUACUUUGAGGCAAAGAGCGACUUCUACAGAAUCGAAUCAUCACAAUCACCACCAUCAUCAUCAGAUGAUUAUCAAAGGAUCGCCAACGCAGCCAAAUUCCUGCGAGACAGCGCCGAAAAUGCACUUGACUACCUCCAGGCGCAGGAUCUCAUUACCUCGCACUGCGAUGAGUUGAUGGCAGAGCUGCAGGCUGUAUUCAAGUACGCAAAGAGCAGGGCAAUUGAGUGUCUAGGGGGCAGAAAGCGGCGGUUUGAGAUCGAGGGUAGGAACAGGUACUACUACAAUAGCAACAAGCCCUCGUCGCUAUCACCAGCACGAGAAGCGAGAAGAGGCAGUUUCAGAUCUGAUGACAGGGUUCAGGACAGUCCCCAGCCUAGAAUACAUCGUCGUGUGGCUGAUCGGUACUCUGGUUCGGGCUCGCAUCACCAGCACCUGUGGCAUCCGUAUGCUAGGCAUGAGGGAUCGCGGUCGAGGCGCAGUGCUGCGGACAGAAAGUCAUUCUAA